UUUUCACAAAUUUAUCGUCCUAAUUAAGAAAACCCUCAAACUGUACCGUUUUCCCAUUAAGCCAACGUAACUGUAUCAGUAGCCGAGCGCUAAUAAUAAAAAUCAACAUCAGAACCUAACGGAUCUUCGGAAACGCGCGAACACCGUUAGUCCAUUCUGAGAUGUUGAGCUAUAGCAAUCCGUGCAUUUGGGGGCUUUUGCUUCUGGUCAGUGCAGGGUGCGCCCAGGUGGAGAACACCAUUGAAGACUACGACCGCUUUGAAGAAGAGGAUGAAGCAAGCGAACGAGGCUCCAGGCAAUAUUUCCCGAAAAUCGGACUGGUGCGCUUUGAGAACAGCGUCUGUACUACCCAAGAAGGCUACAUGGGAACCUGCGUGACGAAGAAACAGUGCGAAUACAGCGACGGGCUGCAGUCGGGCAGCUGCACGACCAACGGCAUCGGGCGCUGCUGCCUCAUCCAGCGCACUUGCGGCGAAAGCUCCGCUUUUAACAACACCUACUUUUCCAGCACCAACUAUCCCAAUACGUUCAACGAGGAUUCUUCGUGCACUUUCACCAUAGAGGCCUGCCCAGGCAACUCUUGCCAAGCCAGGAUCGACUUCCUGAGCUUCACUCUGGCGCAGCCCGACGGCAAUGGAAACUGCGUGGACGAUUCCAUGGUGGUGACUGGAUCAGGCGGGAAUGUUCCAGUGAUUUGCGGCGAAAACUCCGGGCAGCACAUCUACGUAACCUUUGUGGGCAACAACAGCAUCACCAUCACCAUAUCCACGUCCUCCAGCGUCGAUCUUCAGCGCAGCUUCAACUUUCUUAUCACUCAAAUUGCUUGCGACUGCCCCACUUUGGCGCCCGCUGGCUGUUUGCAGUACUACACCGACCUGUCAAAUACGGUGCGCAGCUUCAACUACGGCAGCCAAAUCAAUGGGGCUGUGGUGACGUACGUCAAUGCGACCACAGUGGCUGGAACCAGACAGCUGGCCAAUACGAACUACGGAAUCUGCGUGAAUAUGGUUGCAGGGUACUGCGCAAUCCAGUGGGCGCAGUCCAGCGACAGCACCUCCUUCACAGUGACAGGCAACACCGCCCUAAUCGAAGUGGUUACCGGCUUACCCAACGAUCCGCUUUAUGGCGCAGCCUGCACUACGGACUUUGUGGUUAUCGCUAAUCCGUACUUUUCUAACGGCGUGAGCGUCAACACUGACCGAUUUUGCGGCAACGAGUUUGACACUGUCUACACCAAUUCCAAGCCGUUUGUUUUGACAACUGUGACAGACGCUGACGAAUUAGGCUCGGACGAUGUGGCCAAUCGGGGGUUUUCGCUCACCUACACCCAGCAGGCCUGCAGGGGCAAUAACGCCCUCUUGCAGCUCACUGGAUAAGUGUGCAAGCUUAUUUUAAUAAAGUUAAAAAUUUUGAGAAA